CAGGCCGGGGCGUCGAGCAGCCGGCGGCGCGGCCAUGUGGGGCUAGCCCGCGCGCCUGGCCUGCAGCGGGACCGGCAACAUGGAGGCGGCCGUCGGCGCCCCCGACGGCGGGGACCAGGGCGGCGCGGCGCCCCGCGAGGACGCGACGCCCAUGGACGCCUAUCUGCGAAAACUGGGCUUGUAUCGGAAACUGGUCGCCAAGGACGGGUCGUGCCUAUUCCGGGCCGUGGCGGAGCAGGUAUUGCACUCUCAGUCUCGCCAUGUUGAAGUUAGAAUGGCCUGUAUUCACUAUCUUCGGGAGAACAGAGAGAAAUUUGAAGCGUUUAUAGAAGGGUCGUUUGAAGAGUAUUUAAAACGUUUGGAAAAUCCACAGGAAUGGGUAGGACAAGUGGAAAUAAGUGCCCUUUCUCUUAUGUACAGGAAAGAUUUUGUAAUUUAUCGGGAACCAAAUGUUUCUCCUUCACAAGUAACUGAAAAUAAUUUUCCUGAAAAGGUGUUACUAUGUUUUUCCAAUGGAAAUCAUUAUGAUAUUGUCUAUCCCAUAAAGUAUAAAGAUAGUUCUGCUAUGUGUCAGUCUCUCCUUUAUGAACUGCUGUAUGAGAAGGUAUUUAAGACUGAUGUUAGUAAAAUCAUGAUGGGACUAGACACCUCUGAAGUAACUGAUGAAAACAACAGCGAAAUAUCCGAUUCAGAGGAUGACAGUUGCAAGAGUAAAACUACCACUGCUAAUGAUGUAAAUGGAUUUAAACCUUUGUCAGGCGAUGAGCACCUGAAGAACAGUGGGAGCUCUUCUAGCCUGCCUUUAUCUAGAAAGGUUCUUAAGUCACUUAAUCCAGCAGUAUAUAGAAAUGUCGAGUAUGAGAUUUGGCUAAAGUCUAAACAAGCUCAACAAAAACGUGAUUAUUCCAUUGCUGCUGGUUUACAAUAUGAAGUUGGAGAUAAAUGCCAAGUUAGGUUGGAUCACAAUGGAAAGUUUUAUAAUGCAGACAUUCAAGGGAUACACUCUGAAAAUGGACCAGUUUUGGUUGAAGAACUGGGAAAAAAACCUACACAGAAGAACCUCAAAGCACCUCCCCCAGAAAGCUGGAACACAGUGUCAGGAAAGAAGAUGAAAAAACCUUCCACUUCUGGACAAAAUUUCCAUUCUGACAUGGAUUACAGAGGGCCAAAGAAUCCAAGCAAGCCAAUAAAAGCCCCAUCAGCACUACCUCCUCGCCUGCAGCAACCUUCAGGAGUAAGACAGCAUGCGUUCUCUGGUCAUUCUUCAGGGUCCCAGUCUCAGAAAUCCUCCAGUGAGCACAAAAAUCUUAGCAGGACACCCUCACAGAUCAUAAGAAAACCUGAUCGUGAGAGAGUUGAAGAUUUUGAUCAUACAAGUCGAGAAUCUCACUAUUUUGGCCUCUCCCCAGAAGAGCGCAGAGAGAAGCAAGCUAUAGAGGAGUCUCGUUUACUCUAUGAGAUUCAGAACAGAGAUGAACAGGCUUUCCCAGCUCUUUCUAGCUCAUCAAUGAGUCAGUCCGCUUCUCAGAGUAGCAACCCAUGUGUUCAGAGAAAAUCAUCGCAUGUAAGUGAUAGGAAAGGAAGCAGGCGGAGAAUGGAUAUAGAAGAACGAAAAGACAAAGAACCUAUCCAUGGACAUAUUCACUUGGAUAAAAAGCCUGAGUCAAGCACAUUGGAGAAUACCAGUGAUGAAAAAUGUACAAGAAUUUCAUCACCAUCAAAGUCAAAGAAAUUAGAGUGCCCAUCUCCUGCAGAACAAAAGCCAGCAGAACAUGUGUCUCUUUCGAAUCCAGCUCCCCUUUUAGUUUCUCCAGAGGUACAUCUAACUCCUGCGGUGCCUUCUUUACCAGCCACUGUGCCAGCCUGGCCAAGUGAGCCUACAACUUUUGGACCAACAGGUGUCCCUGCUCCGAUUCCUGUUUUAUCAGUGACACAGACUUUGACCACUGGACCUGAUUCUGCUGUGUCUCAAGCUCAUUUAACACCCUCUCCAGUUCCUGUGUCAAUUCAGGCAGUUAACCAGCCCUUGAUGCCUUUGCCUCAGACACUGAGCCUUUAUCAAGACCCACUCUAUCCUGGGUUUCCUUAUAAUGAAAAGGGAGAUCGAGCCAUUGCACCACCUUAUUCACUGUGUCAGACUGGGGAGGACCUGCCUAAAGAUAAGAACAUUCUUAGAUUUUUCUUCAAUCUUGGAGUGAAGGCAUAUAGUUGUCCUAUGUGGGCCCCACAUUCUUACCUUUACCCUUUGCACCAGGCCUACCUGGCAGCCUGCAGGAUGUACCCAAAGGUCCCAGUACCUGUGUAUCCUCAUAAUCCUUGGUUCCAAGAAGCUCCUUCUGCUCAGAAUGAAAGUGAUUGUACUUGUACCGAUGCACACUUUCCUAUGCAGACUGAGGCCAGUGUUAAUGGUCAGAUGCCUCAGGCAGAUAUUGGACCACCGACAUUUUCUUCACCUCUGGUUAUCCCUCCAUCUCAGGUGUCUGAAAGUCAUGGACAGUUGUCUUACCAGGCUGAUCUUGAAUCUGAGAACACUGGGCAGCUUCUUCAUGCUGAAUAUGAAGAGUCACUAAGUGGCAAGAACAUGUAUCCACAACCGYCCUUUGGACCUAAUCCAUUCUUAGGCCCAGUUCCCAUUGCACCUCCUUUCUUUCCUCAUGUUUGGUAUGGAUACCCUUUUCAGGGGUUCAUAGAAAAUCCUGUAAUGAGGCAGAAUAUUGUCCUGCCUUCUGAUGAGAAAGGAGAAUUGGAUCUGCCUCUGGAAAACCUGGAUCUCUCUAAAGAAUGUGGUUCAGUUUUAGCAGUAAAUGAAUUUAGUGAGGUUGUACACACUCCCCUGAAACAAGCGUGAGCAGCAAACAUGAAGGCCGAGCAGUCAUCCCAGACACGAAAGGCAGAUCUGACCCUGGCUUCUGCACUUCCUGGAGCAGAGGGAAAGUCUCAUCUUCCUUCUCAGAUUCUAAACAGAGAGAGAGAAACUGUGCCUGUUAAACUUGAGCCUAAGAGGACCAUUCAAAGUCUGAAAGAAAAACCAGAGAAAGUAAAAGAUCCAAAGACUGCUGCUGAUGURGUCAGUCCUGGGGCCAACUCUAUGGAUAGCAGAGUGCAAAGACCAAAAGAAGAGAGUUCAGRAGAUGAAAAUGAAGWGUCUAAUAUUCUGAGAAGUGGCAGAUCCAAGCAGUUCUAUAAUCAAACUUACGGAGGCAGGAAGUACAAAAGUGAUUGGGGCUAUUCUGGUAGGGGCGGAUAUCAACACGUGAGAGGUGAGGAGACCUGGAAAGGGCAGCCGAGCAGAAGCCGGGAUGAAGGUUAUCAGUACCAUCGAAAUGUCAGAGGACGUCCAUAUAGGGGCGAUAGGAGGAGAUCAGGGAUGGGAGAUGGCCAUAGAGGACAACACACCUGAUGGUUGUUGCUCUGAUGUUUUAGAACAGAAGCCCUUUCUUAGGUGGAGUAUUUCUGGAGGCUUUAAAAAAAUACAUUAAAAUAAAAACCCAAAUUGGAAUUAUCUCCUCCCCUCCCCCUUUACCCUCAUUCCCAUUCUGGAUGAGAUUUUGGACAUGAGUCAGGGGCAGGUGUAUUUUUGGUAUUGCCAUUUAUCUUCAUUCACAAUCUGUUUUCAUUUAUUUAUCGGGUGACUGCCCCCAUAAAAACUAGAAAAUAAGUUUGUUAAAGUAUUUUUUAUAAACAGCCUAAUAUAAAACAUUAUAGAUUUAGUGUUUGGUUUUUUUCCUUGUAAAAGUUUGAUUUCAAAUGUUGGAAAUGUGUGCUUUAUAGUGUUUACUAAAGUGACAAAACACCAUUGGACACAGUAUAGAUUCCAAAAUAUAACAUUGCACCAAAUAGAAAUGUAUAUUUUAUUAUGCAAUGCCUUAGUCAUAAACUGGGCUCAAACGAUUCUCAGCCUAAAACACUGUUGUCUUUUAAAAUGCUUCCAACCCAAAGGCCUUUCAUCUCAAUAUCUGUCAAACUUGAAUAAUGUCUUCUCUUUAAUAUUACAUAAGGCAGCCUAUUAACCUGUGUCUUAGAAAUGUAUAUAGUUCUUUUAAUAUUCAUAGGGUAUAUUUUUGGUGAGUAUUUGUUGAAUUUGAGAUUGCAUACAAGAAUAGAUGUUUAAGAAAUAGUAGGAAAUUCCAGUGAAAUGGCUGUUUCCACCAAGAAUUCUUAGCACUGGUGUAAAUAUCAUGGUGCCUACUCGAAAGAAAUGUAGAUGCUAUGCAUUUUGAAAAUAAUCUGCAUCUGUUAAAAUUGCAGAAGUUUUUUAAUGCCACUUUAACACUAAUGCACUGACAGAUUCUAAAUAUUUUGUGAGAAGAAAUGUUAAAAAUUUUUAGCUUGACAG